AUGUCUCGUGCGGAACUCGAAAAUAUUAAGGCCAGCUGUUUUCCCCAUUUUACACAACAAGAAGAACAAAAUGACCAAAACGAGCAAGAUGACCAGAACGAACAAGUGACAAGAAGAUCAUCCACCAGAAUUCGACGAAGCGGUUUAUUCAUCAGAAGUGAUGAAAAUAACGCCAUCGAAGAACAAUUUCUUACCAACCUCUUGAAGUAUUCGUGCAUCGCACCCGGGAAGAGACCUAAAAUUCCCCGACUACAGCACUCGAAACAUGUUCUUGACACCGUCAAAACUAUGAAUCUCGUACUCUCAACACAUUUGGACAAUGUUGAGAGUUUGACAAAAAUGGUCGAUGUUGUGUAUGCGGCAGCAGUUACUGUAUGUGAGAACCAUGGAGAAAAUCCUAAAGAACCACAUAAAUACCAUCGGCCUACGGAACCUCCAUGGAAGGUCCGCCUGGAAAGUAGAAUAGUCUUCAUGAGGAAAAAAAUAGGUGUUAUGCAUACAUACCUUAGUUCACCUAGUCCAUCUAACAAAACCAUAAAGGCGGUCAGGAAACUGGCUUCAGAAUACCGCGUGAAGCGAAGGGAUCCUGAGUUUAAGGACAAAAUUAAUAUCAUUUGUGACAGCCUGAAACAAAAAAUAAAAGCGUUAGGUAACCGUAUACGACGUUAUAACGAAAGAACUAAGAGAUACAAAAACAACAGGCUCUUUUUUCAUAACCCGAAACAAUUCUUUCGAAAUCUUGGAGAGGGCGAAGUGAUGGACAACAACCACCUCAACCAUCAGGAGGCGCACAAAUUCUGGAGUGAUGUGUGGUCUGGAAGCGUGGCUCAUGACAAUGGAGCCUACUGGAUUGAUGAAGCUCAAUCGCAAAUACCAAAAACUCAGAUGGAUAGCUUAGUCGUAACUGAGUCAGACAUAGUUGAAGCCCUGAAGCGGUCUAACAAUUGGGCAUCACCAGGAGCGGAUGGAUUGCAUAAUUACUGGUGGAAACAGUUUACGUGUGUUCAUAAAAAGCUAGCAUUCAUGUUCCAGGAAGCACUAUCCGACCCCUCGAGAGACACCCAUUCUGUUCUCUGGCUAGUAUUUUGUGCCUACUGA